GCCGUCAUAUUGGCUGCUAGAAGCGGCAGAAAAGAAGACCCCCACCAUGGUGAAGAACGGGAUUCCGCGGCGCCUAAAGAACAACCUAGCCUUUUAAAUCAUUUCGGUUACUAUUUAAGGGAAUAAUUGUUUAAAUAUUCGGGAUGAUACCAUCAAGUAUCCGCGUACCUUUAGUGCUCUCAUCCGACACCGCGGACCGCCAGGGGGAUGUAUGCCUGACUUCUCUUAAUAGCCAUUUUCUGCAGACAAAGAGAGCUGUUGAAUAGGGCUUUCUAAAGGAACAAGGGUCCCAAGGGCUCCUUUUGAUGAAGAAAGUGGGCAACAUGUGGAGCAACCUGAAGAGCAAAUGCCAGACACUCUUCCACAACAACAGUUCAGGACCCAGUGACAGCAGGGUUGAGGCUGAUGCCGUCCACUGCGUGGUGGAUCUCGGCCAAGGAGGCAGCUCAGGUGAGGCUACGGCAUCAGGAUCCUCCAGCCCGUCACGGAGCCUCCUGCCCGUGCCAAUGGUGACAGCAGGACGCCGACACCAUAACUGCGUGUCGGACAUCCCUCAGAUAGUAGAGAUUACAAUUGACAAGGACACUGAGGAUGUGCGGGGAGGAUCAGGGGGUGUCCCCAUGGCCCGGAGAGACUCCUAUUCCCGUCAUGCUCCAUGGGGGGGCAAGAAAAAACACUCGUGUUCCACCAAAACCCAGAGUUCUCUUGAGGCGGAUAGGCGGUCUGGACGCAUACGGGGGAGUGGGAACCGUAGGGACAGGCGUUAUGGAGUCAGCUCCAUCCAGGAGAUGAGCGACUCUGUAUCUGGAGGACGCAGUCUGAACGCUCGGUCUUUGCGCCAGCGGUUAAGUGAUACAGUCGGGCUGUGCUUACCUCUGCCCGCUCGCAGACGCUCCCGCUCAUCGAAGAACCCCGUUGCCUCCAAACGUAAGAUCCACCUGACGGAGCUCAUGCUAGAGACCUGUCCCUUCCCCCCAGGCUCAGACCUCGCUCACAAGUGGCACUUGAUCAAGCAACACACAGCACCAGUCAGCCCGCAUUCCUCCACUGCCCUGCUGGAUGCCUUCGACCCGGCCCACCCCUCUCCCGAGGAUGAGGAAGAGCGUCUGCGUGAGCGCCGCAGACUCAGCAUCGAGGAAGGUGUGGACCCGCCACCUAACGCACAGAUCCACACCCUGGAGGCCUCAGUGCCGGGCUCCUCUCUCUACAAACUGGGACCAAAGAUGGCUCCUUGCAUGGGAGAGGCCUCUGGGGAAGGCCGGUCCUCAGGGGCCGGCAGCUCUGCGGGUGCUGGAUCAUCAGGGGCCUGUGGGCAGGUGUUGGGGGCUUCGGCGUCGGCCCAGGACUGUGACUCCGAGGAGGAUUCCACCACCCUCUGUCUGCAGGCCCGGAGGCCCAAACAGAGGCACGCCUCAGGGGAAGGCCACCUGAGCCGGCAGCAACCCGGGCCCUGGAAGGUUCACACUCAGAUAGACUAUAUCCACUGCCUGGUGCCGGACCUAUUGCAGAUCACAGCUCUGCCCUGUUACUGGGGCGUGAUGGACCGCUACGAGGCCGAGGCGCUGCUGGACGGACGGCCAGAGGGCACCUUCCUGCUGCGUGACUCCGCCCAGGAGGACUACCUCUUCUCCGUCAGCUUCCGCCGUUACAACCGCUCGCUGCACGCCCGCAUCGAGCAGUGGAACCACAACUUCAGCUUCGACGCCCACGACCCGUGUGUUUUCCACUCUUCCACCGUCACAGGACUGCUGGAGCACUACAAGGAUCCCAGCGCCUGCAUGUUUUUCGAACCGCUGCUUACAGCGCCUCUCCAUCGGACCUUUCCUUUCGGCCUGCAGCACCUGGCACGAGCCGCCAUCUGCCGCUGGACCACUUACGAUGGUAUAGGCUCUCUGCCGCUGCCCCCUGCCCUGCAGGACUUCCUCAAGGAGUAUCACUAUAAACAGAAAGUACGAGUUCGCUGGCUGGAGAGGGAACCGCCACUCAAGGUCAAAUAGGGUGGGCUUCUCCAUUGCCUGUACACACACUGCAGGAGGAUUACAGAACUUAAGAAAUUCCUCAUUAGCCAAUUAGAGGCUAUUCUGACAUGGCUCUCUUUCUGGUCGGGGAUGGCAUUUAAAUGUAACAAGCUAUACAAGAUUCAUUCUAAUCUUCGUUUUAGUUAUUACUUACAUCACAGAAAAUACAUAUGAUUAUAUUCAGUAUAACGCUGUCUGGCAAGCACAUGUUUUUGUGUUGAACAGGUUGUUAUGACAGGGAGGGAAGGCACAAUUAUCACUGCUUUGUGUCUUUUCUCUCCUGCUUUGUGCUAAAUGUCUGCCUGAUCCCACAACAUCACCCUGCCUGUAGACCUGCCUGCAUGCCUCCCUUAUUCAUCCCAAAUUGCUAUUUAGGCCCACAUGGCUACAUUGUACAGUUCACUUUGUGCUUUCUCUAUUUUUUUUUUUCUUCCUUAGCUUGUCAAAGCACCUAGUGGAGCACCUUCCCAAGAGGGUUUUAAGGUGUGUGUGGGUUGAGAGGGCAUCUGGAGAUGCUUUUGUUAUAUUGCAGUCAGAGCUUGUCCCAUGGAUAGAGCUACAUAAGGCACAUUCUUUGCCAUCUCUUUGCACGCAUGAGCAUCAGCUAAGCCAGGGACAGAUUCCGAGAGGGUCCAUAGAGUUCAGGACGGCACAUCAGGGAAAUGAAGUGCUUUCUAGGGACUAUAGAUUAGUCCUUUAAAAAAACAGUAGUUCCUCUUUUAAGCAGUAAUGGUGAAUGAUGAAUCCGUCUACUGUGUCCUAUUAAGCGAGCAAGCUGACCUUGUCAACUUUAUUCCCACUGUGCGGCAUUGCUUUCAAAAACAGAAUAUUUUCUUACAUUCUGUCCCAACCUCAUUCAUUUUCAUUAUUACACUUUAUAGUCCCAGCAGUUUGUUUAUUGGCCACAGACACUUCUCUUCUCUGAGCACACCAUUUUUGCAUAUGCACACGGUUAAUUUAACCCGAAUGAAACUUAGCUCCUAGGUUAACAUUUGAGCAGUCUGGUGUCUUUAUGGAGUUGUGUUGUGGAGUGUUUAGUGUUACACCAAGCUUCCUUCGGUUUGUAUCUUUUGGUGGCAUCUGACGUACAGUUAGCUCUGACCCUGUGUUUCCCACUUGGUUAUUUUUCUUCGACAGACACUAGUGGAGAUGGCUUUACUCUAAAACUCUAAAAAAUUCUGAAAGCCAGCCUUUUAAAUUUGACCAUGAAUUAAUCUGCUACAGUCAACGAUCAGAAACGGGGAGAACAUCUAACUUGAUGAUGAUUUUAAACACUUUAAAAACUACAACUUCCAUGAUUUUUGUUGCAGUACCCCUUUCCUUAUUAAAUUAUAUUUCCUUUAUGAAACCAUGUUAAAAUGUGUUGCACUGUGUCACAGACAGGAAAGAGGUGAUGUAGCUUUUUUCUUGGGAGUUGAUGCCCCCC